AUGGAUAAUAGUAAUGAGGCAAAAAUGGCGUUCAAAGCAUUGGCUUAUUCACGUUUCCGAUCCCAACCACUCUAUCUGGAGUGGGCACCGUUCGAUGUGUUCGCUAGUCGAAGAAAAGAUGAUGAAAUGGUUGAUGAGAAAUCUUCAAAUGAAGCAGUGGUAUCGAAUGAGGGAAGGAAAACGGAAAGCGUUGAGAAUACCGAGGAAGCGGUGCAAGAUGAAUCGAUGACGACAUCCCAAAGAGGCUCUUCGUUAAGUGCUGAUGAGAAAAAGAAAUUGAGACGAAGUAAAAAGCAUCGCCAGUUAGAUACUGAUGAAGUGACAGUCAAACAAGAGGAAUCUGAGGAGUCCAGAGUGGAAGAAUCGAAAAUCGCGCAGUUACCAGGUUAUUUAUCAGUAUUUUGCUGA